GAGAGAGAGAGAGAGAAAAAAAAAAAGAGAGAAAAAGGUGAGAGAGAAGCCAAAAGACGAAAGGGAGGAGAGAGAGUGAGGGAGAAAGGGAAAGAGGGAACAACACUCUCCUCUCCUCGCCUGUAAGCCAUUCCAUCUUCCUUGCUCUCUCUCCCACACCCCAAAAGUUUCUUCGUUUUCUUCCAGAAGCCAGGAUUUUCCUGCUUUUCUUAUGGAAGCAUUUCCCCCUUAAUCGCCUUCUGCAACUAAAACGAAAACAUAUCAAAAAAACACCCAAACAGGACCCAGGUCACAUCACGCACACACUCCUCUCUCUGUGAUGUGACUGCUGGUUCAACCGAUCCACAAGUUUCUCUCCUCUUGCCGCUGAGGAGGGGAUUUCUCGACCAGCCGUGUAGUUUUCGGUCGUUCGCCAUUCGCCUAUUUUCUUGGGAAAAGUUUUGGGAUUUUCCUGGCUCGCGUUUGGAUCGGGGGAAAUGCGGUGAUGGCGGAGGGGCGACAGCAGCGGAGAAGCGCCAGAAUCUCCGCCCUCGACACAUGGAGACUGUCGGCCUUGACGCGUGCCAGCGGUGCCCCCCGGGGCAAGCGCGGGAGGAAGCCCGCCUCCUCUGUGCACCCGGCACCACAGCGCGGGCGGAAGCGCGGCCGGAAGAAGAAGCGGUUGAGGGCUGUUGUGGAGGUCGUCGUUAGCUCCGCUGGCCCCAAGCGUGCAGACAGCGGCGACGGUGAUGAGGACGGUGGGGACGAGGAGGAUGAGGAAGAAAGGGAAGAUGGGCAACAGCAUCGCCACCACCAACAACCAGAGGAGGAGCAAGAGGAAGAGGAGAAGGAAGGGCGAGUACUAAAUGAGGAUGAUGAUUUGGGUGGCACUGAGAGGUCAGUAGGAUCUCCAUCAGUGCCUUGGAUACCUGACAAGAAAACGCUUGAGCUUAUCCUUGACAUAUUGCAGAGGAAAGAUACACAUGAAAUUUUUGCUGAACCUGUAGAUCCUGAGGAGGUGGAAGGUUACUAUGAUAUAAUCAAAGAACCAAUGGAUUUUGGAACAAUGAGGGCCAAACUUCAAGAAGGAAUGUAUGCUACUUUGGAGCAAUUUGAGAGGGAUGUUUUUCUGAUAUCUGGCAAUGCAAUGCACUUCAAUUCCUCAACUACCAUAUACUAUAGACAGGCUCGUGCUAUUCAAGAGCUAGCAAAGAAGACCUUCCACAGCCUCAAAACUGAUCCUGAGAACUUCGUGCUGGACCAUCUAUCAAAAAAGACAAAAACUGGUAAAAUUGUGAACAAGGUAUCAAGAGUUUCUGCUAAUUCAAGGCCCCAAGGUGAAAGUAGAAGCUCAGAUCGUGUCUCGGCAUCUAUACUUGCCAGUCAUACAAAACAGCGGAAUGCAACCCCAGAUGGUGCUUCUGUUAUUGCAAAUGAGAAACAUGGUUCCCUACUUGCCAGUUUGAGUUCUGGAAGAAACCAGCAUCCAUCUUUUGUGGCUCAUGGUUCAAGUCCUUUAUCUGAUCGACGAAGAGACCAAGAAGACCUAGGCUCUUUAAAGGAUGGAUCAAGAUCUUGUUUCACUGAAGAAGAUCGGCGUUCCACAUAUAGAUCUUUGAGCCCUUCUUCUAGUGGAAGCGACUCUAUCUUCUUGCCACUGUAUGAAGGCCCAAGACAACUUUCUUAUGUAAGUGAGGGGGAUUUUGGGUAUGUGGAAAGCCUUACCCGUUUUGCUGCUGAUCUGGGACCUACUGCAAAGAUGGUUGCUCGGAGGAAGAUCCAGAGAUGCAAAUUGUUGGAAGCUGCAAAGGCUGCCUCCCUUCCAGCCACGCCGCUGCAACUUCCAUUAGAGAAGAUGGCAAGUGCACCCAGUGCUUCAAAUGGCCAUUCUAAUUUGACAGAGAGAGGCAAUAGAGAUCAGGCCUCAACAGUACAAUCUGGUUCAUUUUGUCCUGCUGCUCGAAUCGGAUUAGCAGUUUCCCGGGCUGCAGCGGGUUCAGUAGUCCCUGAGCCAACAGUUCAGCCCAACGCUAAUCAAAUUCUAGCGCCUGCACCUGAGCUGAGUCCGCCAGUUUCUCAAUCAAAACUCCUAGAAAUAGUAUCUAGAAACGGUAACACUUGGGUUGGUGGAAAUGGAGGUGCUGAUGCAGAUUUCAGGCGGCCGGUUUAUUGCCAUGAUAAUGGUGCAGCACUAACUGGACCUGCGAAGAACCUGUCAAGGGCAACAAGCCUAGGCACUGCUGAAAUGGUUCCAGGGAUCAGCUUCACCAGGAAUGGGUUGUGGCCUCAUCACCCUGAUUCAUCGCUGCCUUCAUCCUUCUCUCAGUUUCCUCGACAGUCGGCUGUCUUGGACAUGUCGUUUGUUCAGGCCCGGUUGAAUGGUUUGAGCUCUGGUUAUGGACAAGGUCAAGGGUCUAAACCAGCAGGACCUUCGGUUGAGGCUCAAGUGCCUUAUUCAACAGAUGCUUGCGAACUAGCUAGGAACAUGAGAAGCCAAACCAAGCCAUCAUCUCGAUCUAUUUCUGAUAGUCAACAGCCAGAUUUGGCACUUCAGCUUUGACUAUCAAUUUUUUCAAAAUAUUUAAAAUUUUCUUCCA